CAACGACUAGAUUUUAAAAAAGCCGCUCUGGGACUAGCACCCGAUUGGUUCCUUAAACCCGUCAGCCAUUUUGAAAGUUCCUUCAACUGUCUUUCGAAAGCGCAUUUCUUCCUCCACGUGUUUUUGCUCGAAUUGAAGCUAAAGAUGGUCCGCCACAACAACAUGAUCCCCAACGGCCACUUCCACAAGAAGUGGCAACAAAAAGUGAAGCUUUGGUUCAACCAGCCUAUGAAGAAACUCCGUCGUAAAGCUCUGCGUGCCAAGAAGUCGCGUCAGCUCGCCCCAAAACCCACUGAACUUCUGCGACCUUUGGUGCAUUGCCCUAGCGAACGGUACAAGAGUAAAGUGCGAGCAGGACGUGGAUUCACUUUCCAGGAGUUGAAGCAGGCAGGUAUGAGUGACAAAUACGCGCGGAGUUUUGGGGUUGCUGUGGACCCCCGACGCAGAAAUCGUUGCACGGAGUCAAUUGCUGCGAAUAUCCAACGAUUGAUAGAGUACAAGAGUCGUUUAAUCUUCUUGCCUGAUUCAAAAAAUAAGGUUUUGAAAAUUGAUGAUGGGAAAAAUUUGAACGUGGUUAAAGUGGUCCCGGGCAAAGUCAAGGCGCUUAAAGUGGGUGAGGAGGAGAAGAAGUUUGAAGCUUUUGUCACCCUGAGACGUGCGAGAUGCGACGAGAAGUUCGCCGGGAUUAGAAUGAAGCGCAAGCUUAAGAAAAGCGAAGGUUUCGAGGGAAAAGCUAACUGAUUUGUUUCCGUUUUUUUGAGUAGUUAAUAAAGUUACGCUUGAUGAGUU